AUGCCGAACAAGUGGGAGAACGCCAAGCUGGACGAGGUGACGGAAAAAGAUAUGAAAACUCCAUCAUGUUGGUGUGGAGAUGUUUGCAAGGUGAAGGUGUCCACCGACCGCAAGAAGUUAUGGACGGAAGGGAGAAGAUUCUUUGUGUGUCCCAACUAUGCACAUGAUCGGAGGCUACCAACAAACGCAUAUGACGUACCACCGUCACCGCCUCCUCUUUGCAAGUACUUCACAUGGAUAGAUCAAGAUGUUCCAGAGGAUGUCAAAAAGGACCAAUAUCAAGAUUGUCUUAGGAGGCAACGGCGGUUUGAAGAAGCAUUUCAGAGGGGCUUGGACGAAGAGCGUCGUCAGAAGGAGAAGAUGGAACGAAAGAAACGCGAGGAGGAGAGGGCACGCAAAGAGAAGGUUGCUCGUGCAGAAGAGAGGGCAAGAAAGCUUGCACGGGCUCGUGAUGCACAAGAGGAGGAUGAGGCACGUUACAAGAAGGGCAAAGGGCCCAUGUUUCCUUAGUGAUCUUUAGAUGCAUCUAUUGAAGUUGUAUGUUUGUGACUGUCCGAUGGUAUUUCGUAUGCCGGAUAUUUGAUGAUAUUGCGAUGCUUGAGACUAUUUUAUUCCACUAUGUAUGAACUAUUUGUGAUCUUUAGUGUUGAACUAUU